UGACGUUCCAAAGAACGGUACGCAGUUUUUAUUGUUAUUUUUGUAAAAAACAUCAAGUUCAGUGAUUUUCAGAUAAAGUAUUUGUCAGACUUGUACUCAUUGUGAUGUCUGGUUUGUGACAGUGGUUGAUGAGCGAUGGGGCUGGAAGGGUUGAAACUGUCGGAGAUUCCGAUUGACUGGAGCUACUACCCGGUGUCAGGGGUCAGCUGUCUGGUUGGGCUGCUGCUGUACUAUAUUGCUGUGCCCGCAUUCAACAGGGUCUUUAUUCCAAGGGUAUUUGACCUGCCUAUCGGCAAGCAGAUCUGGUGGUAUAGCAGUGCCCUGUCUAGCAUCCAUGCAGUUGUAGUGAGCUGUCUGUGUGUGUACACUUUAGUCUUCAAUUGGGAUCUUAUACAAGACCCUGUCUGGGCUGACAGUAAAGUGGUGAAGACUACGUGUGCCAUACUUAUAGGAUACAUGAUGGCAGACAUGAUAAUCCUGGUGUUGAAUCUGAACCAUAUUGGUGACCGAAGCUACGUUCUCCACCAUGCUGCCUCAGUCUUUGCUUACUUCUAUGUGACAGCAUUUGGAGUGUAUGUAUUUUUUGCCAACUUCCGUCUAAUGGCAGAGUUCUCCACAGUGUUUGUCAACAAUAGAUGGAUGUUGGAUGCCCUGGGUAUGAAAUCCACAAGACUUUAUUUCUGGAAUGGAGUUGUAUUGACUGCAGUGUUUUUUGCCUGCCGUAUCGUAACGUUGCCACCCUGCUGGUACCUGAUAUACACGAUUAUCGGCACGGAUGGUUUUAACCGGACCGAGGGUGCUAGAUACGUCCUGGUGCUGUCUUGUAUUGUGUUGGAUACUCUCAACAUUCUCUGGUUUUACAAACUCUUGAAAGGGGUUGUCAAGCAACUACAAAAGGUUGACUCUAAUAAAAACACUGUUGCAGAUUUGAAAUCCGAAUAAAUAAAGUGAUCGAAAAUGAACCUUUAUAGCUCACAGACUAUGCUGUUUUCACAAAGAAUCAAACUUGAUGUUUCAAAGACUGAAGUGAACUGAUAAAAUUGUGUUUUGGACUUACUAGUAAUCAUUAACAUGUAAAUUAUGGUGUUUGCUGAGUCUGCAUUUUUAAAUUAGUUAGUAAUAGGUGGUCUAUUGUGAGUUUUAGUGAGAUAUGGUGUCCUCAUGUAGAAAUGGCACAAGUUAUCACCAAUUGUGCAAUAUGUACAUACACCUCAUCCACACUUUGUUAUGGUUUGUUGGAGUUUUAGACAACUAGCGGUACUGUGAUAGAUUUGCACAAAAUUGGAUGUGUUAAAAUUUUGGAGUUUCCAUUCCAUGGUUGCUAGAUGGCAGACUUACGACUAUUAUUAUAUGAUGAAGUAAGUGAGAGUAUGAGAAGACAAUGCACAAUGUUAUUUUGCUUUAAAUAUUAACCCUAAGAUAGAUUGUUGUUUUCGUUAGUUUUUAAUCAUGAAUUGUAUAUUUCUAUUUUUGAGAUUUUGAGGACAAUUAGUGGUACAAAUAUUGAAAUGCUUUGUUAAGCUGACAUUUGAUGUUGAACCACCCUGAUACAAAUAUUCAUAACUGUUUAACGAAUGGAGAGCUUCACCAGUCACAUCUGUAUAAACAAAUGUAUGUUGACUUGGAAUAAAUAUAUUCAUUUGAGAAACAAAAUAGGUAGCUAUCAAGGGCAGUCGUCAGCAUUCUGUAAAUGAGCUGACAUGACAUCACAAAACAAGGCAUAUUAAUGGCAUAAUUUUACAUAUCACUCAAAAUAGAUAUUGGUGAAGGUGGUAUACCCCUUAGGUCAUGCGUUUGUGCCCCACAUUCUCUUGUUCACUCAAAAAGUACAUGCAGUACUGAUUUGAUGAUGUUUACCCAGGAAAAUUAAAUUCACAUUGAUUCUGAUAAGUUCUGUGAAUGUGCUCACUGUUAAUUUCUGUGCUUUGAAUGUUGUCUUUGUUAAACAUACCAAUAUAAGUUGAGUUUUUUCAAAGCCAUAGAUACAUUGGUAUUGUAGAACACUUUACCCUAGGCCAUAGCUCUAAACCCUGUCAAGAUAUUCAAAUGAAACUUGGUAAACAUGUUGCCAGAGACAGAAGGCAGAUUAAUGGCAAGGCCCAUAAAUCUGGCUGUACUUAUUGUAAAGAUAUGCACCUUGACUUGGCCAUAAUUUUAUAGCCAUUCAAGUUGUUCACAUGAAACAUUUACACAUGUUAUUUGUGAUUAAAUGCAUAUGUGCUUACUUACAGACAAGUAUUGCCCUUGAUAGUUUGAAAAUGCCAUGCAUAAGCUUUAAUUAAGCUUUAUCAUAAUAAGCAUUCAAGAUAUUCACAUGAAAUUACUGUACAUUAUAUCAGUGAGAAUGUAUACAUGGGCAGCAAGUUCCAUAACUCUUGUUUAAAUCAUUGUUGAGUUAUACCCCUUUAUAAGAACAGACAACAUGCAUUCAUGCCGCGGCAAACAUAUAUUUGCUUGCAUACUGGUAUUUUAUUGUUUGUUCUCUAAAUGUUGACCCAAUUUUAAGCUUUUAUCAUUCCAAAUUGAUUUUAAACGUAUAUGUUUGAUUUCAUCAAAUUUUAAGGUAAAAUUUGAGAAAAAGAAUGCUGUGAACUGUGUUUAUUAACAACAAGAGCCAUUUUCAAUGUGCUGCAUAAACAACUGUUGACUCAUACACGUAGAGCUUUUUCAGAUCUUUGUUGAUAUGUGUGAGAUUAAUUUAUUUUUACCAGAGUAAAAUGACAGAACAUACACAAACGCAUGUAUAAAGAGUCAUACUAUAGUCAUACUAUAAACUGGUCAUUUCAAAAACAAGCAUUUACCAGUAUUGUAAUAACUGAUGCUCAUGUACAUUGUUUAAUACCAAAACGAAGAUGGCAUUUUUAAAUUUAUUUGUUAAUGUAUAAUGCAUGAAGCAAGAUAACUGUGUUUGUUGUUAUCGACUUUAUAAAGUUCUCUGACCUCAUGACUUGUGAAGUCAAUAGUCAUUUUUGUAUUCAGGGUUUGCCUGUUGAGUGCCAGUCCAUUAAUUCUGGAUUUGUAGAUUUUGUCAGUAUUUUUUUAUUGCAUAGUGCAUGUAUAAUUAUUAGUUGUUACCAUCUAUCUGAUAACAACACAAAUCAGGAAACUACUGACACACUUCCAUAAGCUUUGAUGUUAUUAUUUUAUUGAAACAUUAUUGCUUUAUAAUCACAUAAAAUCACAUAAUCAUUAUAUUCAAAGUUAGCAUAUCAAACGUUUUAUAAUAUAUAACUAUGUUGCUAUUUGAAACAAACCAAUAGGCAGUUUGUAUUAUUAGAAAAUGUGUUUAUCAUCCCAGUAUUUACAGUAAAAUAUGGUGGAUAUAAAGUACAUGGCCCUGUCACACAGGGAAGGACAUACACUUUGGACUGGAGUCUGUUUGAUAAUUUUUUUCCACUUUUACAAAACAGCUGAUGGUUUUAAUUUUCAUGCCCAUUUGUGUUUAACAGUUCACAACGUGUACAUUUUGUUCCGUGUUUUCCAUGUUACCUAACACUUUAUGACGUUGUUAUAAAUAUAAUGUCAAGUUUAUCAUGUGGCAUACAUUUACCAUGUUCAGUGAAUGUCUGAUUGCUUCAGGUGUAGUGGCACUUGAACCUUGGUAUUUUAGACUGUUUUUGUAUCUUAUGCUCUUUGCCUAGUUAAUGCUCUUUGCCUAGUUAAUAUUCUGUUUCCUCAUGAAUAAUAAAUGUUGAAGAUUUA